GAGGGAGGGGAGAGCGAGCAACCGGCCACGGAUUUUCAUUGCAGAGAGGAGGUGAAAAAAAAGGCUACACGGGUCAUCAAAACAGAAUGGCAGAGAGUCAUGGUUUGAUGGAGAGACUGGAGAAAGCAGUGACCCGUCUUGAAUCCUUGUUUUCAGAUUCGCAUAGAGCUGGUGGAAUGGAGUGUGACGCUGUCAAUGGAGUCAAUGGGAGCAUAGCACCAUAUGUCGAAGCCUUUGAUAGGCUGCUGAAUGGAAGUGUUGCUGAGUUUCUCAGGAACAGCAAGAUUCUUGAAGGUGAUGUGAAGACACAUGCAGAGAUGGUACGUGCUGCUUUCCAAGCGCAAAGAUCCUUCCUGGUGUUAGCAUCUCAAUGUCAAGAGCCUCAAGAGAAUGAAGUGGCAAUGCUACUCAAGCCAAUAUCAGAGAAGAUUCAGGAAAUCCAGAACUUCAGAGAAAGGAACAGAGGAAGUAAAAUGUUCAACCACCUCUCAGCUGUCAGUGAAAGCAUACCUGCCCUAGGGUGGAUAGCAGUGUCUCCUAAACCAGGCCCUUAUGUCAAGGAGAUGAAUGAUGCUGCUACCUUUUAUACUAACAGGGUAUUAAAGGACUACAAGCACAGUGACACUCGCCAUGUUGAUUGGGUGAAGUCAUAUCUGAACAUCUGGUCUGAACUUCAAGCAUAUAUCAAAGAGCAUCAUACCACAGGUCUCACCUGGAGUAAAACUGGUCCUGUUGCAUCACCCAUGUCUAUGAGAUCUGUUCUGACAAGUGGAUCAUGCCUGUCUCCACCGCCACCACCACCUGGACCUCCCCCAAUCUGUGACACAGAAAGUGUAAAGGAUGAAGGAACUGCAUCUCGCUCAGCCCUGUUUGCACAGCUUAAUCAGGGAGAGGCCAUUACCAAAGGGCUUCGACACGUCUCUGAUGACCAGAAGACACACAAGAACCCCAGCCUACGUGCCCAAGGUCCAUCUGUUCGUUCUCCCACAAAAAGCCAAACUCCCAGUCCCACCUCUCCUAAGAAUUCCCCACAGCAGAGCCAUGCCCCUGUCUUGGAGCUAGAGGGAAAGAAGUGGAGAGUGGAAUAUCAAGAGGAUAAGAAUGACCUGGUCAUUAACAACACUGAACUCAAGCAAGUGGCCUACAUUUUUAAGUGCAACAAAUCUACACUUCAGAUAAAAGGAAAAAUCAAUUCCAUUACUAUUGACAACUGUAAAAAGUUUGGCCUUGUGUUUGACAACGUUGUGGGAAUCGUGGAAGUGAUCAAUUCCAGGGAUAUUCAGAUUCAGGUGAUGGGGAAAGUGCCAACCAUUUCUAUUAACAAAACAGAAGGCUGCCACAUCUACCUCAGUGAGGAAUCACUAGAUUGUGAAAUUGUGAGUGCCAAGUCAUCUGAGAUGAACAUCCUCAUUCCCCAAGAUGGUGAUUAUAAAGAAUUUCCGGUUCCUGAACAGUUCAAGACAGCAUGGGAUGGAUCUAAGUUGGUCACUGAACCUGCAGAGAUUGUGGGUUAACUUCCUAAUGCCAUACAGCACUUGCUGACCAUGACCAGACCGCAGCCAGCAAAAACAAAGCAGUAAAGAACUAGAAGUAGCAGUAGCUCAUACUGCUGUGAUAGGCCUUCAAAGCAUUAGCUCUGCAUGCUCAAAACAGUAACACAUCUGGCACCCUUCUGUUAGGCAUCCCAGUACUUUUCACCUUUCUACAGUUUGCCUUCACAUACAAUUUUAAUUCUAAAUUAUUUCCUGCAAAUGUAAUAGAUUAAAACCCCUCACCCUUCAGUCACCUCAUUGGUUUGACAUAAUUAUGUAUACAUACUGCAUGGUACACUUUGUUUCGCUUCAGUGCAUUCCAGUUUACAUUUCUGCUAAUGAAAAACAGCACUAAGACUUUAAGAUGUUUAUUUUUACCUCUUAAGCAAUCCCUAUGUGAUGCAGCAAGAAUGUACCCCUAAAGAGCACACAGUUCCUGAUGGUUCUGUGACAAUUUUCAUGGGGUUUGGUUUAAACAAGCAAAAAAAUUACAACUUUCAGCAAUACAUUUUGGUAAGGUUUUAAAAAAUACCUAAUAUUUUAAUAAAAGACUUUUCUAAUAUGUAUAUUUAGAAAAUCCCUAUGUUUUCUGUGAGGUAAGAUUUUUAUCGUGGUUCAUAACCUUGCUGUUGCCCUCUCCUUUCUUGAAAAUUAGUAAUUCUUUCAAAGCUAAAGCCACAUCUAAGCUAAAACCUUGCAGUAAAGUACUUGGUUUUCUGCUCCUUGGAUUGCUUUCUUUCUUUCUUUCUUUCUUUCUUUCUUUCUUUCUUUCUUUCUUUUUCUUUCCUUUCUUUCUUUCCUUCCUUCUUUUUCUUUCUUUCUCUCUCUCUCUCUCUUUCUUUUCUCCUUUUUUUAAUUUGUGAGACAAUCUCUUAUUCUUUAAAAUGUCACAUUGUACCUUGCAUCCUGUUCAGAAAACUGAGGGAGGCAUAUGUCAGAUGCCAGCCAGUUUCUGUACUACUAGCUACCCUUUAAAAUACUUCUAUUGUAGCUCAUGGCCAUUAAAAAUACCUUCCCCAUAUUUGUAGGACUUCCUCAGUUUCAAGUAUGUCCACAAAACAAAGCCAUAAAUUUAUGUCACACUCAUUCUGAGCCCAAAUAAAGGGGUAAUUUCCUGUCUAGCCCUUUGACUGUAAUUUAUAGUUUCUACUGUAGAUGCUUUUUAAACACAGGUGGAGUGUUGUAUACAUUUGUACUACUUCGGCACAUAGUACAAAUAAAAUUUUAACGAUUUAAGAAGUCAGCUUACAUUUUUGAUCAUUUGUAAUACCUUGUAAUAGUAAAACACAGUGAGAUGCUUGCAGAGCUAGUUAUAACCCACAUUUUGUGCCUAAUUUACCUUGAAAGUAUAUUGAUUCUUGAGGGUUUUAAAGUAUACCUUUGAUUGUACGCCCUAUAUAACGCAACAAGUAGUGCUCAUUCCAUAAGGUUUUGCUAUCUGAUGUUUAAUCUAUGUGUAUAGUGUGUUUGCUUUAAUAUAUACCAGUUUUUUCAACAGUAAACUUCUUAAUAAAUAAAAGGAAAAUGUUUAAAUACAAA